AUGCGGCUCCCGGGACUUGUGAAGGCGGUGUUUCUUCGUCGUCCGCCUCUGCGAGGCGGCUCUGUUGGCCGGAGGCGGCGGGAGCGCUUGGGGGCGGCUGGGGGCGGCGACCACAAGGCCGCCUUUCAGCCUCCAGGAGCGCGCAGAGGAUCACGUGUCCAGGAAGACCUCGCGCCGCUGGAAGACGCCUCGCGGCCACCCGUGUCCUCGCUGUACGGGGACUGCCGGCUGUACGACGACGCCACGAGGUUCGGAGGCGAGGUGUGCGGCUCUGACGGCAUCACGUACCCCAGCUCCCCCUACCUGCGCUGCCUCAACUACCAGCAGCCUGAGCGCCGGGUGUCGGUGCGCCACGCCGGGCCCUGCGCCCGGACGAGACCCUCCUGCCCCUUCUCGCCGCUGUACACCCCUGUGUGCGGCACAGACGGCCGCACGUAUGCCAACACGGAGGCGCUGGAGUGUCGGUGCCUGCAGCGGCCGUCUGAGCUGGAAGUGCGUAUGCACCACACCGGGGAGUGCUACCCCCUGCAGCCGUGUCGUCGGUCCGGCACAUUGGGCACCCCUGUCUGCGCAUCCAAUGGCUUCACCUAUCCCAGCCUGGAUGACGUGGCCUGUCUACGCAGCAUGGGCGCCGGGGUGUACGUGCGGCACGAGGGCGGCUGCUCGCUGCAGGAGGUGCGGGGACUGGUGGGGUCGCAGUACCACGCCUGCCUCGUGGCACGCACGCACCCUGAGUGGAACCCCGUCUGCGGGCUGGACGGCGUCACCUACCCCUCCCCAGUGCUGGUCUUCUGCCGCAGGCCUAAUGAUUGGGGGUGGCAGCCAGGGGAGUGCGGCUCCGAGCUGCACGCCAGCUGCGAGCAGGCGGCCUACGACAGGGACUGUGCCCCCAGGGCGGCCCCUCGACUUGUCUGCGGCAGCGACGGAGAGACUUAUAACUCUGCUGAGGAGUUGCGCUGUGUCUCCAGGAGCAGCAAGUACCUGCGGCUCAGGCACCCGGGUCGCUGCCAGCAACACGACGACCCCUGCCGACGGAGCACCGACCUCGCCGAUGGGGGAUGUCCCGUGUGUGGCUCUGACGGCCGCAGCUACGUCACUCCAGCGGCACUUUGGUGCCACCGCAGGACACACAACUCCCGUCUCAUCUACGUCCAUGACGGACCCUGUCUGCCGAGUCCAAGCCAGUUCUACUGA